UGUUAAACAACAACACUAGUUUUCUUCAGUGUUCCCCCCGCCUCCGGCUCAGUGUUGUGCUGAGAAACGCCCGAAAGCAGACAACCAAAUGCCCGGUGAUUUCACCUGACACUCGGGGGGGAUAAAGCAAGACAGAUAGGCAAAACAAAAAAUGUCGGCAAAGGGUCACCCGUUAACCGACCGUUGAUCGACGGUUGCAAGCAGUUAAUGUGAAGAGCGGAAGUUUCUCCAUCAAAACACCGGAAGAGGACCAAAUAUUUAUCCUUCACUGUGUUUUUCAGAGUGGAGAGAAGACUUUCUUACAGUUUGGCAAUUUUAAUACCUGAAAAGGCACCUUGGUAAACAGGUGCUAUGAGCAACGAGCUAAACGUGCCAAUGGGCUCCCCGGCCCCUGGGGCCUCAGAUCGGGCCCCUGAAGGCGGGGGGAUGGACUACAGGGACUGGGUGAGGCGCAGCUACCUGGAGCUGGUGAGCUCCAACCACCACUCUGUGCAGGCGCUGAGCUGGAGGAAGCUGUACCUGAGCCGGGCCAAACUCAAAGCCUCCAGCAGAACCUCCGCCCUGCUGUCCGGGUUCGCUAUGGUGGCGAUGGUGGAGGUGCAGCUGGAGAUGCAUUACAAUUACCCCCCCGUGCUCCUCAUCGCCUUCAGCGUGUGCACCACGGUGCUGGUGGCAGUGCAUCUGUUCGCCCUGCUCAUCAGCACCUGCAUCCUGCCCAACGUGGAGGCCGUCAGCAACAUCCACAACCUGAACUCCGUCAGCGAGUCUCCGCACGAGCGCAUGCACCUCUACAUCGAGCUGGCCUGGGGCUUCUCCACCGCGCUGGGCAUCCUGCUGUUUCUGGCCGAGGUGGUGCUCCUCUGCUGGAUCAAAUUCCUGCCUGUAGACUCGAGCCUUCCCAAAAAAAAUACAGCGACCCCCGCCCCCCCUUCGGACAGCGGAUGGCAGGCGGCGCUAGCCUCCACCAUCAUCAUGGUGCCGGUGGGCGUGAUCUUCGUCCUUUUCACCAUUCACUUCUACCGCUCGCUGGUGCGCCACAAGACAGAGCGACACCACCAGGAGAUCGAAGAGCUGCACAAGAUCAAGGUGCAGCUGGACGGGCACGAGAGAGGCCUGCAGACCGUGUGACAGACUCCACAUUAUCUAUGUGACGGGCUGAGAGCAGCAGGAAUGAGUCCCAAAACCCUGGACGGAGUCAGCAUUUAAGCACUUCCUGUUCCCUCGUCUGGAAGUCUAUGGUUUCUGAAUGUGUAUUUGGUUAGAUACCUGAAGUAAUGGUAAACUCCCAUUGGCUUUUUGUGGAGGGAACAAGGGAGAUGCUACCUUCAGGGACAUCCUUAAAAGUAUGUCAUCCCUGCACAACUCUGUUUCUGCACGGAGCUUCAAAGCUCCUCACUCUGCAGCACAAUUCAUGUCAUAAUGCUAUUUUAUUCUUAAUGGUCAGUAGUCUCGUAGGGUUUGUUGUCGGAGCUCAUCUGUGUCUCGUGUGUCGGUGAAGGUUAUGCUAAAGGUUUACAAAAAAAAGGGCUAUUAUGAUCUUUGUGCCAUAUUUGUGCAAUGUCUGUUUUUAUUGUGGUGUUUGGUGACGACUGGAAUCAGUUCCUGGUAAAAUCAAAUGUUGCGACAAUAUUUUAGGGUUGACAAUAUUUACACAACAGGAUUUUUGAUAAGAAAUGAGGAUUUAAUGACUAUGGAUGAAGACAAUAGAACAACUUAACCUGUCUGUCAUGCAGCCAUUUCAACCAGAAAAAGACUUGUAAUAUGAAUAUUAUAUCUCACAAUUAUCCUGUCAAAGAACCUCCAAGUUAAAGGCCAGGAAUAACUUUACCUUAGGUCAAAAUGUAUCUUAAACACUGUGAGCUCUUUACUCUAGUUUCUGAGUUUUAGUUAUCUACAAGUCCUUUUCCUUCCCAAUGUUAAAUGGGUUUAAACGAAGAUAAAAGAAUCAUGUGGUUUAUUAAGCUCAUCAACAGCUGGAUUCAGAUUUGAUAAAAUGCUCUCAAACACCAACUGUGUUUACACUGUCACAUACGCCUGUAAAGUCAUGCAUCACACUGCAAGAUCUUAACGUUUGUCUCACUGUAAAGUCUUAAAAAUAUGUUGCAUUCUUGUACAACUAUCCGGAGGUUAACAUUACUCUGUUUCUAUGUCUGAAAUCUCCAAAAAGCCUCAAAUGUUUUUGUCGUUUUCCUCCUUCUGACAGCUUUUUAUUGUAUUUUACAAAGACCUCUGCAAACUGCUGCUGCUCAAAGUGCUUAAAUAUUGCAAAUAUGAAUGUGUUACUGUCAAAAUAUAGUUCUGCCUUAAAGAAAUAUUGCCUUUCAUGAGCUGCUGUUCUGCAAAAGGUCAUGACACAGGCAGAUAUUUACGGGGAAUGUACUGUCAAAGUUUAGAGGCAAUGUCACAGUCCAUGUCGGCAUGACCUCUAAAUGAAACAUCAGAGAUUGUUCAGAAACAAACAAACAGAAAUGGUUACUGCGUUUUAAAAAGAAAACUGUUAUCACAUUCCAAAUAAGAUGCCUGACCAAAGUGUUUCCUGUGUUUAAAAGAGAUGAAGUGCACUUGUAGUUAUGUUGAGGUUUUUAUCAGAGAACAUUUUGCUUUGUAUCUCAAGCUUCUGAAUGAACCCUGCAGGUCACGGAGACCUGCAACACACUUUCAAAAUAAAAUACAAAUAUCAAAGUU